UGGUGAGUCCUCAGCUCAUAGAAACGAGUAGCACUGGGAACGAGGACAGCAAAGAGCGUAACGUACGAGCCCCUCCCCCUAACAUGAUCAUCUUAUUAGUGCCGCACCAAAUUUCAGCUUCCUUAUUUUUCUUCUGCUCACAGGACAGUGUUGUGUCGUCUUUUAUUGUAAGAAAAGCCAUGCAACAAGAGGCAUAAGAGUUAUAACCUACUUUACCUUUUGCGUGGAGGAAGUAGACAAGUUUAUCUCUAUAGGGGAGGGGUGGUGUGACCUUUGAACCAAUUCCCAGGUCUUUAGCGAUCACUUCUGAGAGAAAAUGGCGGUCGUUUAUGAUCAACAUCUUUACUCUACAAUUACGUAAGAACUACUGAUCACUCGGUUCUUGUCAUGGUUGUUCUAUCUAAAAUACUGCAUCCCUUUCAUACGACGCUUUCGUGUCACGAGUUAGCGCAUACAUGGACUUCCUCGUGUCCCUCAGCGGCCGCUGGAGUGUUUCGUUCUUGUAUGGUGGAAUCCUUGAAGAUCUAUGGCCUUCUUUAUUUGGUUGGUGGCAUUUUGAGGAAAGCCGGUUUGAAAUACUUCAAGUACCAAUAUGUACUAGAUGUAAUCCGGUCAUCUUGUUUCCUGGCUAUUAACGGUGGAGGAUUUGUUGUCAAUGUCUGCCUUUUAAGGAAACUUCUAGGAUGUUUCACUUAUAUCUCAGUAGUGUUUUUCCCUGGUCUCAUAGCAUCUUUUACAGCCAUUAUAACUGAAAAGAAAGGCCGCAGGGGCACUCUAGCACUGUAUAUGACAAACUUGGCUGUCGAAACAAGUUAUAACAUGCUAAAGGAAAGAGGACUAAUACAACCAAUUCCUAAUGGAGAGAUUCUUUUAUUCUGUGUGGCAACAGCCACGAUGAUGUAUCUGUAUAGGAAGAAGGAUGGUCUUACAGAUGGACUUUUAAAUAAUCUAGUUAGGUUUUUCAUGGGCCCAGAUGGUUCAGGGCAUCGUCAAGAAAUUAGCUCUUCUCAAACAAGUGUUGCAAUUGAUAGAAGAGAAAGCCGGAUGCAAAUUAAAUGGUUACGGCCAACACUAAAGGCAUUUGGUAUUGGAUAUCUUACACAGCUAGCACCUCUCCUUUUAGGACAAAUCAAGUCAAUAUUUAAAAGACCAGGAAGACUUUUAAGAACUUUUUACAACAAGGAUUGCAUCAGAUGUGGGUUAUUCCUUGGAAGUUUAGUGGCAACUUUUAAGAUUGUUGAGUGGGAGUUGGAACUACUAAGAAAGAAGAGAGAUGAAUUUAAUGCCCUUGUUGCAGGUGGUUUAGCUGGUCUGUCCAUGAUGUGGUAUAGGAGCUCAAGUAUAGCAUUGUAUCUCGCCUCAAAACUUUCCGAGGUAAGAGUGAAGGAGUUUUUGCCUUUUUUUUUCCCCCUAAACUGUAAGCUAGUUCUCAAAGAGGAAUUAAUGCACCUUAGUGAUUGUAAAUUGUUCUAUCUUAUUCUUUUCAGGUUUUUCAUGGGCCCAGAUGGUUCAGGGCAUCGUCAAGAAAUUAGCUCUUCUCAAACAAGUGUUGCAAUUGAUAGAAGAGAAAGCCGGAUGCAAAUUAAAUGGUUACGGCCAACACUAAAGGCAUUUGGUAUUGGAUAUCUUACACAGCUAGCACCUCUCCUUUUAGGACAAAUCAAGUCAAUAUUUAAAAGACCAGGAAGACUUUUAAGAACUUUUUACAACAAGGAUUGCAUCAGAUGUGGGUUAUUCCUUGGAAGUUUAGUGGCAACUUUUAAGAUUGUUGAGUGGGAGUUGGAACUACUAAGAAAGAAGAGAGAUGAAUUUAAUGCCCUUGUUGCAGGUGGUUUAGCUGGUCUGUCCAUGAUGUGGUAUAGGAGCUCAAGUAUAGCAUUGUAUCUCGCCUCAAAACUUUCCGAGGUUUUGUAUAAGCGCGGAAUUGCAGCAGGAAUUCUACCAUCUAUACCUUACGCUGAGAUUUUAACCUACUCAUUCUCAACUGCCUUCCUCUUUCAUGCGUGCGUCUGGGAAGUUCACAGUGUCCGGCCGUCCUACUGGCGUUACUUGAAUGUCGUCACGGCCAAAAGGUUUUGUGAGUUAAACAGAGAGAAGGCAGAUGAGUUAUUUGGUACAGACAGCGCCAGGUUAUUUCCAAAGAAAGACUUGUACAAGUCGCUAAGGAGAAGGUAGCGGUAUUGAAAGCAGUAGAAUUUAGAAUAAAGUGGAACUGAAAGGUUUUCAUCUGAGUGUCGAAGGUAAACCUUAAUUGUUUUGGUUUUGCUUUACUGCGCUUUGUGAUUGGUUAAAAGAAUUCGUGCCACCUGUUCAACCAAUCAGAUGGAAAAUUUAAAUCAAUCACAACUUGGUCGCCCGCGUUUUCCAGCGCUUUGCGCCGGUCACGUGUAUCUGCAUCGACCUCUCAUUGGUCAUCGUGUGGUUAUCGUCUGUUGUGGCUGACCAAUGUAACUCGCACUCAGCUGAAAACUACUCCUCCUAUAAUAUAUAGAAUACAUGGCUACAAAUCUAUUUUAGUAUUUAAAAAGAACGCUGGUAAAAAUAACAUGUAAGGGUAACCGGAGAUUUGUUUCGUAUUUUUUUUGCCCCCUGUACGGUCUGAAAUGAUAAGUCAAUUAUAAAAAAAACCCGGCUGCUUUGCCAGGUUUUUGUUGGAACUCGCGUUCGUAGAGUUUCGACGUUUAUCAAGUUUCAAAUUUUUUGUAGAACGUGGGAAGGCAAUGAAGUUAUAUUCUAUUUUAGCAAGUAGAGAAUCACAUUUACUCAAAAUUUGAGCUAUUCAGAAUAGAAUGUUAAAAAUAUUUUAUACAGCAGUAUGAACUUUAGUUGUAGUAGUAUUGGCAACACACGCGUGCCAAGAACCAUGAAAAAAAUCAAUUAAUUAGCCAUUUUAUUUAUUUAUAACUUGACAAAAUGGCAAUUAUACUAUAACAAUUGAAUUGUUAUUAAACCCAGUAUUAAUAGACUAAUCUUUUAGAAGAAUACUAACUGAAUUAGCGCAAUCUCUUAGUAAGUGGACAUGAGUAAUGAAGGCGACCAUGGAAAUGCAUUACAAUAAUUGUACAGCUGUUUUCGAGAAAGUUUGUCCAACAGAAGAGUAAAAGCGUACGCGGCAAUGUCGAAAGGUAUUAUGGGUAAUAAUUGUUCGCGGUUGCGUAAAAAAGGAGAAAGGUAUUAUGGGUAAUGGUAGUUAAACCUUGACUUGAUUGAAGCUCAAGGUGUUUCAGCGUGAAAGGAGGAAACAUUACAAACACGUGUAUUCGUGCUUUCUGCUUCCUCCUUGCCGAAACACCGUGAACCUCAAGCAACGAUAAACUAUAACUAACUAUAAUACCAGUAUUGUCGCAUACGUUUUAAUGGUUUUGUGGGAAAUCCUUUGUCUAAACAGCUGAAAACAAACUUGAAAAUGUAGUUUUUACCUUGGCUAGCAUUCCCAGUGUAACAUUUGGCGAAAGAGUUUUCAUCUCUUCUUUUUUAUCCGCCCGUGAUGAAAUUUAUUACAGAUUUAUCAAAUCGUCGGUUACAGUUCUAUUUUAAGUCUCAAUCUUCCCCAAUCUUAGCCAUUUUUGUACCUUUGGUUUAUUAGUAGAUCUUAAGUGAUACAUUUUUUUUCCUUAGUGAAAUCAUUCCCAGUUUUGUUUCUAUAUGAAGGUAAUUUUGUACGUGGGAAAAACAGCUUUGUAUAUUAAUUAAAUGAAUGCGCGCGCUCUGAUUUGUCAGUC